AUGAAGUCAUUUCAGCUAGACAAGGACUUAAAGUCAGUUCAUACGGACUACAUAGAUAGGUUCUUUCCCAAAUCAAACUCCUCCAUCAAACCGGAAGAUUUUGAAAUAUUAUCAACCAUCAGGUAUGAUCCAACGUUGUCAAAAGUCCCUCCAACAGGCUACAUUGAUAUAUCACCUCUGAAUAUCUUUCUUUUAUCUGAACACGUUGCAAGACUACAGUACACAUUUACAUUUUUUCAUCAUUUGUACGGAACUUCAUUUGAUUCUGACAUCGGUGAGGAAUACUUGUUGAAGCAAAUUGUGGAAAGUUUCAAGGAGCUGCAGAAACCUGUGGAUAAAUCAUACAAAAUACGUGGAUUGUUUAAGUUAGAUGGAUCGUCAAGGUUAGAGAUUCACGACACGACAAUUCGUGAGGAUCUAUUAUUGGGAUUACAUCCUGCUGAUGGUGAAAACAGUGCCGAAGCUCUGACUGAAUCUGGCUCGAGGCACGAUGAAUGGGAUGUAUACAUAAACACCAAGAGUUCGCUUAUCUCACCCUUCACAUCAUUCAAAACUACAAAAAGAGACGUUUACACAGAAGCAAGGAGGAUCCUUCCUGGGUUGAAACCAGGCAAGGAGGAAGUGUUACUUUUCAAUUCGCAAAAUCAGUUAAUGGAAGGCUCAAUCACCAAUGUUGCUAUUAAGAGACAAAGUGAUGGUAAAUGGGUCACCCCGUUGUUGAGCUCUGGUUGUCUAUGUGGUGUUACUAGGCAUUAUCUCUUGCGUAGGAACUUUAUCGAGGAGGAUGUCAUUCUGAUGAAAGAUGUUUCCAUUGGAAAUGAAGUACUAUUAUUCAAUGGCAUCAUGGGUGUCGUUAGAGGAAGAAUCGUCGGUUGA